AUGAUUGACUACAGCGAGUCAUGGCUCAUCUUCACUCUCCUCAAGUGGAAAGGAUCAGUCUUCCCGCGAUCCUGCCUCUUCGCAGUGCCCGCAGCCUUGAUCGCAGUCUUCCUCGUGCAGGCUCCGGACGUCUUGGAUUUCGACAUCCGGCAGGAAUUUGGCCUGGUGGAUGCACACCGCAGUCAGUUGUGGAUAAUCUCCUUAGGUGUCCUCCAUGCUCUGCUUGUUUUUCGCAUCAAUCGGGCCAUGGAGCGAUUCUGGGAGGGAACCGGCCUGCUCCAUCAGAUGCGGGGAGAGUGGUUCGAUGCGGUGAGCUGCUGCGUGACGUUCUCACGCGCAUCUAUGCUAACCAGGCCUCAAGAGACGAUGAGAUUCCGGCACGCAAUCGUGCGUCUUAUGAGCCUUUGCCAUGGAAGCGCUUUGGAGGAGAUCGGAGGCGAAGAUGGCGACUUUUGCGAAACGAUCGAUUCGCAUGGUUUGGCCACUCGCACCCUGCAGCACUUAACGGACUGUGCUGAGGAGUAUGACUUCAAUCGCGUGGAGGUGCUGCUGCACAUGAUCCAGUCACUCAUCACUCACAACCUGGAUGUGGGGGUGCUGAAAGUGCAGCCCCCCAUCCUAUCUCGCGUUUACCAGACUCUUUCGAGAGGAUUCGUUAAUCUUUUAAAUGCCAAGAAAAUUGCGGACACCAGGUUUCCAUUUCCCUUUGCGCAGCUGAUUUCAGCGCUCUUGUUUUUGCAUAUUGUAUUGCUGCCAGUUCUGAUAUCUGCGGUGAUCUCGCAAGCUUGGUUAGCCUUCACCUUCACCUUUCUUCCAAUCUUCUCGAUGUGCUGUCUCAACUACAUCGGAGUUGAGCUUGAGAAUCCAUUUGGUCGAGAUGCUAAUGACUUGCCCUUGAAGCACUUCCAGGCUGAGAUGAACAACUGCCUGCUCAUGCUGUUACACGGCAGCGCGGAUCUGAUGGCGGGCAUCAGCAAACAGCGCUGUCUCAUGGACAUCAUGGAGAUCAGACAAGCUAUGGAUAUCACUCUGGCUGAAAGUUGGCUUCAGGAGACAAUCGACAAGGCGCCGAGCAGCCCUGGCGAAGUGGCCAACGUCAAAGACGUUGAGGAAGAAGAUUCGUUGCCCGGCUCGACGGCGCAAGAAGCUGCUGGCAUGGAGGUUGUCCUGCCGCAGGCGUCAGUCCAAGGCGAGGCCUCGUCAGACUGCGGGGCUGCUCCAAAUUCUGAGGAGCCCGCCUUUGAGGAAAAGCUGCAGCCCACCACUCUGCUACAAGGCAUGGAUCAGGCUGUGAUGGCAUUGACGGGCAUCAGACAGGCCAUUGCGAUGCAAGCGACUGAUGUAGAUCGAAGCAUCGACGGAUUCCUGGCCCUUGCCAAGAAGCUCAGGAAGGCGCAUCAAGUUGACGACCUUGUUGCAGAUGAAGCUGAGCCAGCAGACGUGGAGUUCAGUUUCGGAUGGGAUUGCUCUGCAAUUCCUUCCUUCGAAGCCUCCGGCUGA